AUGACCGAAAUAAAUAUGAAGUUAGAAGAUUGGCUGGAUGACUUGUGUCUGGAAUCUGUCGAGCGGAUAUGCUUUCAGGUUGAGGAGGCGCAAUGGUUCUAUGAAGAUUUCAUCCGGCCGCUUGACCCGGCUCUUCCCUCGCUUUCUUUGAAGGCCUUUGCCUUGCGCAUCUUCCAGCAUUGUCCGCUGAUGUCACAAUGGUCCCACUACCACCACAUGACCGCGUUCUCGGAGUUCCUGGCCUACAAGACCCGUGUCCCGGUCCGUGGCGCGAUCAUGCUCAACCGGGAAAUGGACGAGGUGGUGCUGGUGAAGGGCUGGAAGAAGGGGGCCAAUUGGAGCUUCCCUCGCGGUAAGAUCAAUAAGGACGAGAAGGACCUUGAUUGUGCCAUUCGGGAGGUCUAUGAGGAGACUGGGUACGACAUCCACCAAGCGGGGCUGGUCAAGAACGAUAAGGAUGUCAAGUUCAUCGAGAUCACGAUGAGAGAGCAACAUAUGAGGCUCUACGUUUUCCGCGAUGUGCCCCGCGACGCAUACUUCGAGCCCCGCACCCGGAAGGAGAUUAGUAAAAUCGAGUGGUACAAGCUUUCCGAGCUGCCUACUCUGAAACGGAGUAAGCAGCAGGAUCAAGGGGUCGCGGUCGCCAACGCGAAUAAGUUCUACAUGGUCGCGCCCUUCAUGCAUCCGCUCAAGAAGUGGAUUGCGCAGCAGAAGAAGCUGGAUAUGAAGAACCAGGUGGGUUCCAGGCAGGUUGUCCAGAGUGAAGGAGAUAUGUCAAUGGACGAAGGCGGUUUUGGCGCCAACAAUUAUAACGCAACGCCAAACCUACCGCGCACGGAAUUGGCGGUUGGAAGUGACUUGCCUGAAGUUGCAUCUUCGCAGGAUGCCUCCGCUCAUCUCAAGCGCCUGUUGAACAUCAAUAACAUGAUGAAAAUGCAAGGACAGGCUCACCCAGCGGAGACGUCACAAGCAUCCAGCGCGGAUCCCCUCAAAUCGAAUGCCCUUUUAGAGCUUCUAAGGAGCGGAUCCCAGGGUCCUACUCCAGAAAAGGCUACGCCCGGGGAAGCCCCGAUAGGGGCUCCACCCCCGCUUCAACCGGUUGCCCACCCUGGGCCCAAUUUCUUUCCAGGGUUUCCGCAGCAGCAUCCUUUCCCUGGACAAUUUGUCAAUACAACCCCACCGAAGGGUGCUUCCAUGCCUCCUCUUCCACCCAUGCAUAGUAUGAACCAGCAUGCAAUGGUACAAGGGUUCCCUGCGCCAUCUCAGCAGAUGCCUCCUUCCUACCCUCCUCAAUCGCGUCCAGCACAGCCCUUUCAUCCAGCCAUGGUAUCGACAGCCCCGUUUCCUCCACCCAACCCGGCGCCUGCCAGCCGCCCUUACCAGCGAACCGGGGAUCCUGAGUUUUCGCAACCUCCUCGCCAGCUUUCCCAGGCUGAGGGCGCAGCUGUGCCCCCGGCCAAUCAAUUGCCGCCACCGAAGCUCACCAGUCACUCACUGGCCCUCCUUAACGUGUUCAAGGAUGAGGCGGCCAAGACUCCGAAGUCCUCCCACGCAACACUGGCGCCACAGACUGCGGAUAAGACGCCGGCUCAUGGACGUAAGUCGUCGCAACACCAGGACCAGUUGCUCAACCUGUUGAAAGGUUCUCCGUCCCGACCAGCACCCGUCGAGCUGCCAGGCCGACCGGUUUCUCCGGCUCAGCGACAGAUCCUUCAAAGACCCCGUGGUGACGGCCAGGGAACGCAGAAAACCAGAGCUAGCUCCCGGACGACCCAGCCGAGCGGUGCAUGGACUGCAGCAACUGUCUCCGGGCCUUUGGAUGCCCCUCAAUCUGCGGCCGGGACAAAGCCACCUCCCAAGCGAGCGCAUAACGGACCGCAUCGGAAGGGUGCCAAAGAUCGACAGGCCCAGCCUCUUGCAUCACCGAUUACCAUAUUGCCUCGGCCUCAGUCUGCAAAGAAAGAGGUUCUGCCGGCCCAGGCACCGGCCCGGCCCCCGUCUCAGCCGUCGCGGAAUUCGUCCCAACCGCGAUCUGCCCGCAAGCAGAAAUCCCCAGAGGCACCAAAACCGUUUCAACCGCAGAUCCUCCGCCGCGCCGAGAACGCAGACAAUAUCCUGCCCAUCCGGUCGAAAGAGGCCGCGAGCCCUGCGAAGCAGGAGGAGCCGCGACUUCGCAGUCCUCGACAGGAAACUGGCGCCCAGCGUUCCACCGCCUUUGACCGCCGGCCCAGUCAGACCACCACACAGAAGGAGACGCUUCUCUCUCUUUUCGGCAAACCGGCGGGGUCCCCUGGCGUGUCGCCCUCGGGACAGCUUGACCUUCGAACAUCCGUUUCUCAGCCUCCUGCACCCUCCUCCGUUGUCAGCCCGCUGUCCCCUUUCAACCUUCCUGCACGGACCAUGGCCGAGACCAGCCCCGACUCUCUUCCCCCUCCCCCGCCGGCCACCGGCUACGCUCGACUCACGAACCGGGGCCUAAUCUCCAUCACUGGGGCCGAUAGCACGACUUUCCUCCAGGGACUCAUCACGCAGAACAUGAUGGUCGCCAAUGACCCGAACCGCGCAAUCCGUCACACGGGAUCAUACACCGCUUUCCUCAAUUCCCACGGCCGCGUGUUGAACGAUGCUUUCCUAUACCCCCAGCCCAGAACCGAUGACGCUACGUCCGACGACCCCGCGUGGCUGAUCGAGGUCGACAAGAACGAAGUCCCGAGUCUCUUGAAACAUCUCAAGAAACACAAGCUUCGCGCUAAGUUAAAGCUCCGUGCGCUCGACGACGGCGAACGCACCAUCUGGUCCGCGUGGAAGAACCACGCUGAGCCCCGCUGGGCGGCAUACAACCUCGAAUCGCAGGCCUUGUCGCCUUUCUCGCCGGACUCGUCUAUCGCUGGGUGCGUUGAUACGCGGGCGCCUGGAUUCGGAUCCCGACUCGUGACGCCGGGCGCGGAAGACCUCCGCGCUCACCUUGAUGAGUCUAAAGUGGCGGGCGCUGAAGUGGACCUCGGUUCUUACACGGUGCGUCGCAUGUUGCAUGGGGUGGCGGAGGGCCAGUCCGAGAUUAUCCGCGAGUCUGCCCUGCCGCUGGAGUGCAAUAUGGAUAUGAUGCGGGCGGUGGACUUCCGGAAGGGCUGCUACGUUGGGCAGGAGCUGACGAUCCGCACCCAUCAUACGGGCGUGGUUCGGAAGCGUAUUCUGCCGGUGCAGCUUUAUGAUGGUGGUCUUGGUGAGCUGGCGACCGACAGCCCGGUUUAUGACCCGUCCACGAAGCUGGCUCUACCCCCGAGGGAGUCGAGUAUCUCCAAGGCCGGUGGACGCAGAGGUCGCAGCGCCGGCAAAUUCCUCAACGGCGUUGGGAAUAUCGGCCUCGCGUUAUGCAGACUGGAGAUGAUGACUGAUAUCUCGCUCACUGGCGAAGGGACCAUGUUCAGCCCAGACCAGGAGUUCCAGGUGUCGUGGACUGCAUCGGAAGAGGGAUCGGCGGGUCCGCAGCAGCCGGGAGAGGUGAAGUUGAAGGCGAUCGUGCCGCCUUGGACAAAGGAUUUUAUCCUGUCCGGCGGGAUGAAGAACACCAACAACCAGAGCCAGGCCGGCACGGAGGGUCAUCGGGCCCGGGACUUUGUGGACCAGUUGGGGGAAGAAGAAGAAGCGCAGCAACAACGACGACAUGAAUAA